AUGUACUCGGCAUUCCUGAAUGUGAAAAGUUCCGAGGACUUCGCAUACGAGCACCUGAACUUCGCCGAUGGCUUCUACAUCGUAGCCCCACCUAUACCUGCUAGGGCUGUGGAUCGCAUCCUUGAUAUUGAUGGCGUGGUUGCGGCGGAGGGCAGGUAUGUCGCGGACAUAGCCAUGCGCCAGCCGGACGACCCUGAUGAAACGCUAUCCGCUAGGGUCAUCAGCAUUCCCGACGAGGAGACGCCGGAUAUCAACCGCGUCAUCGUGAGAGAGGGAGAAUACCUCGAAGCGUCUGACGGGCGGCAUGCGCUCGUGGACAACCUGUUCACAACCUACUACGACUUGAAACCCGGCGAUACCGUUUCUCUGGUCUAUCAGGGAAGAGACAGGGACUUCCAGAUCAGCGGCGCAAUUACAAGCCCCGAAUACCUGUGGAAGUCCAAGGGGGGCGCCGAACUGAUCACUUCGCCGGGAGACUUCGCCAUCGUGAUGGUUCGCAGGAACGUGGUUGACGACAUGCUCGGCGUGGAGGGCCUGAUAAAUGAGAUUACGGUUCGAUUCAAGCCUGACGGGGAUACCGAUGCCGUCAAGGCGGAGAUAGACGGCUACCUGGAGAGAUUCGGCACUCACCAUCUCAUCGAGAAGGAGGAGCAGCUGAGCUACGCCACCCUGAAGUCGGACAUAGACGGCUUCGAGGAGAUGGCGAUUGCUAUGCCAGUGCUCUUCCUGUGCAUAACCGCGAUGGUGGCGUUCGCGAUGCUCACGCGCAUAGUGCAGAGCCAAAGGCAUAUCAUAGGAUUGAUGCGCGCCGAGGGAUUCUCCCGUAUCCAAAUACUUCGCCACUACCUGACCUUUCCCAUCCUGAUAGCGCUCAUCGGCAACGGGCUGGGGAUACUGUGGGGGACAUUUGCGGCUGGCGGAUUCACCAGCCUCUAUGUCGAAACACUGGACCUACCUUUCACAGUGGUCGUCAGUCAGACUUGGGUGCUGGUCGUCGCCUUCGCGAUUGGCCUGGCAGCGUGUGUCAUAGCGGGCAUUCAGCCCGCGCUUGCAGCCGCGCAACUCACUCCGUCUGAAGCCAUGCGGACAAACGUAGCGUCCGGCGGAGUGUCGAUGAUGCUGGAAAGGUUUGUGCCCAUGCAGCGCCUGCCCGGCAUGCUGAGGCUGGCGCUGCGCAACAUGACACGCGGACGCUGGCGGACACUUUCUUCGAUCAUGGGCAUCGCCGUUUCGGUUGCUCUGGUCACGGCGGUGAUGGGGAUGCUGGACACAAUGGAUAAUGCGUUCGACGUGCAGUUCAACGAGAUACAGCAGCACGACCUCAAGGCGCUGUUCACUCACGACAUUGAUUAUAGAAAGACGGAUGUAUUCCAGUCGUGGCCCCAGGUUCGCAAGGCGGAACCCAUCGCCGAAAUACCCGUGAAGCUGAUACUGCGAAUGUUCGCGAGCACUCGGUCGUUACCGAGCCGUUUAGUGGGCGAUGCGACGCUGACUGAGGCCGGAAUAUGUAGCGGGUGCGCAGCCACUGAGCACGACGGCAUAUUCCUGACGGAGACGCUGCGCAGAGACCUGACUGGAGGCUUUCACGCUACUGCCGCCCUGAUAACCCUUGAACAUCCGGACUACGCCUCAGAAGUAACGCAGAUGCUGGAGAUGAGAGCCUAUGUGCUCUCGGUGGAGCGAAGCGCGGAUGUGCGAGAGGGUAUCGAAGAACUCAUGGCUUUGACCAACCAGUUCAUCGGCAUAAUGACCAUAUUCGGCAUGUCUCUUGCCGCUUUCGCUGUCUUCAACACGGUUACUCUCAAUGUAACCGAGCGUAGCCGCGAACUUGCCACGAUGCGAACUCUCGGGUUCAGCAAGCGGCAAGUGAAUAUGCUCAUUACUGUCGAAAGCCUGAUAACCGGUGUAGUGGGCAUCAUACUUGGGUUCGUUCUGGGCUACGCAAUCGAGGCAUACCUCGUAGGGCAGAUGUCCACACUCGACUGGAACAUGGACAUCAUUAUUGAUACGUCCACGUAUGUCAUCGUGGGCGCGCUUACAUUGGCAGUGUGCUGCUGUCGCAAGUGCACGGGCUACGCGCACUGCAUCGCAGGAACUGGCGGAGGCCACGAGGAAUUGCUCCUGACUAUGGCAAGUCCUUUUUAA